GAACCUUCCACCUACGAGGGCGCUGGUGCAAACAUGGGCUACCAGGGGCAGCGCCGGGUCGUCCCGCCGCAGAGCGAUCUAGAUGACAGAGAGACCCUCGUUUCGGAGCAUAAGCACAAAGGGGAAACUUGUCGUCAGUCUGCUGCUGUUUUUAAUGUUGUCAACUCGAUUAUAGGAUCUGGUAUCAUAGGAUUGCCUUAUUCGAUGAACCAAGCUGGCUUUCCUCUGGGAAUAUUGCUUCUAUUUUGGGUUUCGUAUAUCACAGACUUUUCCCUUGUUUUAUUGAUAAAAGGAGGGGCCCUCUCUGGAACAGACACUUACCAGUCUUUGGUCAAUAAAACUUUUGGCUUUCCAGGAUAUCUCCUACUCUCAGUUCUACAAUUUUUGUAUCCUUUCAUAGCUAUGAUAAGUUACAACAUAAUAACUGGAGAUACUUUGAGCAAAGUUUUCCAGAGAAUCCCUGGAGUUGAUCCUGAAAACUUGCUUAUUGGUCGCCAUUUCAUUAUUGUGCUUUCCACCAUUGCCUUUACUCUGCCUUUGUCCUUGUAUCGAGAUAUAGCAAAGCUUGGAAAGAUCUCUCUUGUUUCCACAGUUUUAACAACUCUGAUUCUUGGAAUUGUAAUGGCAAGGGUAGUUUCACUGAGUCCACACAUACCAAAAACAGAAGAUGCCUGGAUCUUUGCAAAACCCAAUGCGAUUCAGGCUGUAGGUGUGAUGUCGUUUGCAUUUAUUUGCCACCAUAACUGCUUCUUAGUUUAUGGUUCUUUGGAAGAACCCACAGUAGCUAAGUGGUCCCGCAUCAUCCACGUGUCCACUUUGAUUUCCGUAUUUAUCAGUAUUCUCUUUGCUACAUGUGGAUACUUAACGUUUACCGGCUUCACCCAAGGAGACUUAUUUGAAAAUUAUUGCAGAAAUGAUGACCUGGUAACAUUUGGAAGGUUUUGUUAUGGCGUCACUGUCAUUUUGACGUACCCAAUUGAAUGCUUUGUGACCAGAGAGGUAAUUGCCAACGUGUUUUUUGGUGGGAAUCUUUCACCAUUUUUCCACAUAAUCAUAACAGUGAUUAUCAUCACUGUAGCCACACUGGUGUCAUUGCUGAUUGAUUGCCUUGGAAUAGUUUUAGAGCUCAAUGGUGUGCUGUGUGCAGCUCCCCUGAUUUUUAUCAUCCCAUCAGCAUGUUAUCUGAAACUGUCUGAAGAACGGAGGACACACUCAGAUAAGAUUAUGUCGUGUGUCAUGCUUCCUAUCGGUGCUGUGGUGAUGGUUGUUGGGUUCGUCAUGGCCGUCACAAACCCUCAAGACUGCACCCACGGGCAGGAGAUGUUCUACUGCUUUCCCGACAAUUCCUCCCUCACAAACAUCUCAGUGUCUCACUUUCAACUGACAACACAACCUCCCAUUCUAAACAUCAGUACCUUUCAGUGAGGUGACUGCUUUAAAAGACGUGGAUUUUUCGUAGACUUCUAAACUGCAUAAUAACAUUCACACAUGUUUUAGUCUCUAUAUGAUACAGUUGUUACUGGGGCAUUGGUGAAGACUUGGUUUUCUUUACUCUUUAGUCCAGUGUAAAAAUUAAAAAGACAAAGAAAAUUGAAUGUAUUUUUAUCUUAAACUGGGACAAAAUAAAUGCUUUAAUGCACUGCACUAACUAAUCUUAAAUGCAGAAGGAAGAGUGAAGCCUCUGGCAUUUGCUGCCGUCCUCUCAAAGCAUUAUUCUCUAUGUAAUAUGUGAGCUAAUAUAUUGUUGUCUAAAAUAAGUGGAUGGUUGUGGGUUGGAAUUUUGUGUAUGUGUCCUUUAUGAGAAAAAUGUGCUUUUUGUCUUUUAAAGUCUGUGUAAUCAAUGGGAAGGAAAACUCAAAGCUAUUAAUGAGACUAGACAUCUCAGGAGCAAAGUAAGCUCUCCAUUAUAAUUUCAGCUGCACUCCUUGUCUAGAGGGUACUGGAUCCCUGGAGAAAUGAGUAAAGUUCUUCGCACGUUACGAAGCAUGAAUAAUAGACUGGAUGUAGAGAGUAAGGUGUGUGAGGAAUCAAAACUUACCUCUCAGGUUUUGAUCCUGUGGGAAUAUGAUGGUAGUGCCAUUAAAUAUAUUAUAAAGCAAGGAAAAACCAUAAGAUGUUGUGAGGCACAAGCUCAAGAGAUCAGUUAUGCAUCAGCUUUGCUCCUGUUGAAUGUGAAGUGCUGGCAUGAAUUAUCGUCGGAAGCUGAGCUCUAGACUGGAAGCUUGCAGGAAGAAUCAGGGCUACCAAAGUGGCAUUCUCACUGCUCCUGGGGCUCCUCAGAGAGAUUCCUGGGAGCUCUUGUUAACUAGUUCUCCAGAAGCAGACAUUAAGACGGAGUUUGGCAUGGGGGCUAUAUAUGAGGGAUUAUAAAGGAAAGGAG